GAGCUCUGGGCUGGUCUGCGUGCCUCGUGCGAGUGUUGUGCCCCGGGUGUUGUCCAGGGCAAGACUUCGUCGUUCGGCCUUUGCUGUCUUCGAGAUUCGUAUGCCAGUCCGGAGCCAAGAUCCGGCGCCAGAUCCUUUUCUCGCGGACCCGUGAAAGCGUCAAUUAUGCAUUCUAUGGAAGUUUCUGUACAUGAGUGCGUUCGGCACUAGGCGACGGGGAGGGUGGGAGAAGGACCGGGAGGUGUCGGAUUUCUGAAAUUUGGGAUUUGUGUACACCAUGGAGCUGUGAAUGUGGAGGGAGACAUGCGAUGGGAUGAGGUGAUGUGAGAUCGAGGAAAGGUUGGUGGAUGAAUCAGAGGAUAUUGCCUCGUCAGUAGUGGAAAACUUGCGCUCGAUGAGCUAGGCCGCGGAUGGCCACGGGAGCAGAGGAUGUCGGAAGGAAAGAAGUCAUGGAAGGCAGAGGCGAGAACGUCUUGGAAAUCGAUGAUGUUGUGCCAGAUCAGGACUGGCACGGAUUAUUUCAUCCGCUCGGUGACAGGAAUGAAAUUAUGACUUUUCGAACAGGAGUUUGAUUCGUCAGGUGGUGGUCAAUGCGUGAGGCAAUCGUUCCUUUUUUAUUGGGCUCGCCUCUUUAGGUUGCUAACGGUAUCUACCCUUAGCGUUAUAGCAGGAGAUGCUACUGGUCUGAGUUCUCGAGUGGAGAUCAGCUAAUGCUAGCACUCCUAGAAGAUGGAUUCGCCAUCCUCAACAGGACGGCACGGUGCUGAUGUUUAUGGAAAUCCAUCUAAAAGGAGUAGUGACGCGGCCUCAUCAUCGGGAGGUGGGAGCUCGAAUCGCAGCUUUUCUCUGCAGGCCAGGCAGUCCUUGUCAGGCGAGGUCAAUACUGCCGGGCAGGAAUCUGACACCAGUGCCUACGGUCAGAGUCUUGCAUCAGUUCUGAAUAAUCCGCGGCUUGGUAAGGCAGGAAUUUACAGUGCCGAUGCAUCAUGGGGAUCGUGGUUAUUUCAAGGUUCUGUCGAUCCUCUAUUCGAUGCUGCUCCACCUCCCUUAGCUUCUGGUACACUUCCUGAGGUUAGUAGGGCCGACUUUCAGCCAUACCUCGACUCGAUCGGGGAAUCAUACGGUCGAUAUGUGGCUGUAAGAGAUCAUUCUAGCCGUGAGCAAAAUGAUCAACCUAGUUCAGGUUCAGGGGAUAUCUCUUUGGAAUUUGAAGGAAGAGUUGGACAAGGAGAAGGUCUGGUUGCAUGCCUCCGGGAGAUCCCUUCUCUUUACUUUGACGAAGACUUUGCUCUAGAUAAAGGUUCUACUUUUCAGCAAGCAUGCCCGUUUUCUUCCAUUCCUCAAAACAUGAUGCUUCAAGAGAAGCUCUCACAUUAUUUGGAUCUAGUGGAGGUGCAUUUGGUCAAGGAAAUAUCUGCUAGAUCUGACUCAUUCUUUGAGGCACUACGGCAGCUUGAAGAUUUGAACGGAAGAAUUGUACAGGCUUGUGAUCAAAUUCGUGUGCUCCAAGGGACCGUGCAACUUCUAGACGGAGAUCUGGUGGAGUCUGCAUCUCGAAUUCAGACUCUGGGCAUGCGCCGUGACAAUCUGCUUGCUCUUCAUCAGCAGUUGAAGCUCGUGGCAUAUGUGAAUCAAGCAUUAUCUGCACUUCGACUUCUUGUGUCAGCGGCAGACUGUGCUGGCGCCCUUGAUGUGAUAGACGAUCUGCAACAUUUAUUGGAGGGGGACGAGCUUGUUGGGCUCCACUGUUUUAGACGAUUAGGUGACCAGCUAACUUCUGCAAUGGAUUCAGUCAAUAGCACACUUGCUGCUGAUUUCGUUCGUGCAGGAAUUCACGACACAGGAGAUCUAGAAUCCAAUGCCGUUGUGACUAUUUUCCAUGCCAGAGUCAAGGACUAUCCAGGUUCUGUUAUGGAUAUGAUACCCGUUGAGGGUAAAGGGGACGAGGAUGAAGAGUCAGGCUUACGUGACCAACUUUUACCGAUGGUCAUUGGAUUACUACGCACGUCGAAACUGCCAGCAGUUUUGAGAGUUUACAGAGACACACUGAUAACAGAUAUCAAAGCUGCAAUUAAGACAGUGGUGGCCGAACUUCUUCCGAUAUUGUUCACCCGGCCGCCUGAAGGUGACUUGCCGUCCGCAGACAGACAAACAGAUAUGGAAGUUGGUGGCUUGUCAUUGGCAUACAAGUUGAGAGCAUUAUCAGCGGAAAAUUUUGUACAAUUACUCAUUGCAGUCUUUGGAACUGUCCAGGCUAGGAUGGUGCGAGCAGCCGAAGUCCGAAGUGUUGUAGAGCAAAUAAUCGGGGGCCUACAAGGAAGCUACGCUGCAGCAGCGGUUGCUGCCGCUUUUGCAUCGGGUGCAGCAGCGGCCGCAGCUGCUGAAGCUGCUCAAGAAGGACAACAAGGACCUUAUCCCACAGGCUCCAAAGCAUUGCCUUCUACAAGCAAUCUCAUCAUAUCCAAAGGAACAACAGGAGCAAGUUCGAGUAUAUCAAGACAGUUCAGGGCGGAUGUCUUACGAGAGAACACAGAGGCAGUGUGCGCAGCAUGUGAUGCUGCCCAUGGACGAUGGGCAAAGUUGCUUGGCGUCAGAGCUCUUAUUCAUCCAAAGUUAAGACUGCAGGAAUUCGUCAGCAUAUACAAUGUCACGCAAGACUUCAUAACGGCCACUGAGAAGGUUGGCGGACGGUUGGGCUACAGCAUCCGGGGUACUUUACAAUCUCAAUCGAAGUCUUUUGUGGAUAACCAGCACUCUACCAGGAUGGCAAAAAUCACGGCAGUGUUGGAACAAGAGACGUGGGUGUCCAUCGAUGCACCGGAUGAAUUUCAAGUUAUCGUGGAUUCAUUCACCGCGGUAGAAGCUGUCAGCAAUGGCAGUUUGAUAUCAUCAGAUGUAGCAUCAAGUGAUGUAGAGAGUCUGAAGCAGGCUGAUAGUUCUGACUCUAGACCUACUGGCGAAGAAGAGGCCUCGGAUGCAGCCAGAAUAGAGAGUCAACUUGAGAGGACUGCUUCCGAAACUGCAGGCGAUGAUGAUGCUGCAAAUGCCGUGAUAUCAGUGCAUGAGGCCAACGGUCUGUUGAGAGAAGAAUCUGUAGAAGACUCGGAGAAAAAGACGAAUGAUGGACAAACCGAAACAUCCCGUCCCCAGUCAGAUGUAGCUGAUACAGGAAAAGGCAGUAGUCCUGAUGUUCGAGCUCCACCACAAUCCAUACUCCCAGGUAACGGUGCAGUUGCCAAUGGUAAUAAACCAGAACUUCCUGUUCAAAGCACAGUUAAUGCCUCUGCUGAAGUUGGAGGGGACUUGGCUGGAAAGAAGAAGAGCAGGGAAAGACCGUCUAUAAAAACUUUGCAAGUCCGUGGAGUAAGCUAUCACUCUGUCAAUUGUGGACUGAUUCUUCUAAAGAUGAUUGCGGAGUACAUAGACAUCAGCAAUGCUUUGCCUACUCUAGCUACGGAGGUGGUACAUAGGGUUGCUGAGAUACUUAAGAGUUACAAUCAGCGAACUUGCCAGCUCGUACUUGGUGCUGGGGCUAUGCAGGUGUCUGGGUUGAAAUCUAUAACAGCAAAACACUUGGCUCUAGCGAGCCAGACCAUUAGCUUCUUUUAUGCUAUUAUUCCAGACAUACGGAGGCUUUUAUCUGUGCAUAUUCCAGAGGCACGGAAAGCUUUGCUGCUGACAGAGAUUGAUCGCGUGGGUCAGGAUUAUAGGACACACCGGGAUGAAAUCCACUCAAAGCUGGUGCAAAUUAUGAAGGAGCGCUUAUUGCAGCAUCUGAAAUCAGUACCACAAAUAGGGGAGGCUUGGAACAAGGCCGAUGACAACGAUCCUCAACCUAGCCAGUUUGCUCGUUCUUUAACAAAGGAAGUUGGUGUGCUCUUCAGAGUCGUAUCUCCUAUCCUGCUCGAGGCAGAUACUCGUUCAAUUUUUACGCGAGUCGUUGCACUCUUCCACUCGCAAAUUGCGGAAGCGUUCUCUAGAUUGGAAAUCAGCACUCCUCACGGAAAACGAAAGUUAUAUAGAGACAUACAACUUAUCCUUAGCUGUAUUCGAGGACUGCCAUCAGACGACGUAAAGGCAGACGGUGCACAGAAGCCGAGGGAGCUUGACGAAUUUUUGUUGCAAAGAUAUGGAAUCGAAGCUCCUCAAUAAUCAGAGCUUUCAAAUCUACCAUAAUAUUGCUAGUCAGCAAGGCAGGGCUUGACUUCAUGUUCAGCUUCCUCUAUAAAGAGGACCUGUCAUUUUGUUCAGGCCUAUUGUGAAGGCCUUAGGAAUCCCAAAAUCAUUUAUGUAUUUUAGAGGAGACCCUUAUUCUUUAAGCAGCAUCAUGUCAUAUUUCCGAAGAGAACUUUCUCAGCUGAGCAUUGUGGACCCGGACCAAACGAGUUGUAUUCAGGUUUGCCCAAUUCUAUCUCCCUGCAACUUGGCACGGGUGUGUAUUUUUUGAUAUGCAACUGCAUUCGAGUCCAACCCUUUUAUUUUCAUUGCUUACAAUGUAAACUAUGC